GCUCGAAAAAAGUCGCAGCUAGAAAUGGCUCCCGCGCGCUAGAAUAAGGCACGGACACGGACAAACACAAGAGGAGGGAAGAGACCGAAACACACACCACCACCUCUCUCUCUCCUCUGCCCUGCAUGCUGCAGCUGCAGUCCCUCCCACCCUCCCCUCCCCUGUGAGUUUGUGGUACAACUCGUCCCCUCUUCUCGUCUGCUCAGCUCAAGUCUGUUGUACAAACAACGGAGGCGAGAUCAAGAACAGGGCGCGGCCCAGUGGUGGUGACAAAUCAGUCACAUCCAGCACCAGGAAAAUCCACCGGUUAAUGCCGGGGAUCAUCUCAUCUAAGAUAGCUUCUCUGUGCUGCUGUGUUCUGUGCAUGGCCGUGGCCUAGGGGCUAGGCUAGAUCCUCCUUCGGGUGCUGCCAAGAAAGAGCGCCAAGGCGAGGGAGAGGAAGAAGGAAAGACAAAAGCUGAAGGAUGGGGGAGAAGGCGGAGGCGGCGGCGGCGCUAGACGGCAUCCAAUACUGCAGCGAGCACCCGUACCGGGCCGGCUCAGCCACGGCGGCGAUCGCCGGUGGGGGGAUAUGCGCGUUCUGCCUGCAGGAGAAGCUGGGGAGGCUGGUGUCCUCCUCCAAGUCCAGCCCUUUCUUCCCGCUCGGCGGCCACCCGCCGCCCUCCGGCUCCCCGUCGUCUCCACCGUCCUUCCGCCGCGCGGCCGAGCCACCGCCGCCGCUCCACCCCUCCGGCGCCUCGCGAAAGUUCAUCCCUUUCCACCGGAAGAAGACGCCCUCCUCCUCGUCGUCCUCGUCUUCCUCCGCCUCAGCGGCGCUGUCCGCGGUAGGCGGGCUGAAGCGGAGCAAGUCGGUGGCGCCGCGGCCGGAGGAGCAGUUCCCCUACUCGUCGUCGUCGGUGACGGCCGAGAGCCCGCGCAAGAAGAGCUUCUGGUCGUUCUUCUACCUCUCCUCGUCCGCGUACGCGCACCAGACCGCCGCCUCCACGCCGUACACCAACGGGGGCGCCGCCACCGCGAGGAGGAAGUCGGUGUCGGUUGCGUCGGCAGCGUGGGCGCCCAGGGGUAGUGCCGCUGCCGGCGCCGGCGCGCAGGACCAGCAGCUGCGGGCCGGGACGGCGUCGACGCUGGGGCGGACGCUGGAGGCCAUCGGCGAGCCGGAGAGCCCGAGCCCGAGCCAGAUGUCAUCGUCCUUGGGACGGAAGGUGGCGCGGUCGCGCUCCGUCGGGUGCGGCAGCCGCAGCUUCUCCGGGGACUUCCUGGAGCGCCUAUCCAACGGCUUCGGCGACUGCACACUCCGGCGCGUCGAGUCCCACCGCGAGCCCAAGCCUAACAAGGUGCGCAGCGCCCUCGGCCACCUCGGCGGCGCCGGCGCCGAUGACGAUGACGAGGAGGACGAUGUGUACGAGCACCAGCACCGGAUCAAGUGCGCGGGGUUCUUUGGCGGCCUGGGCCCCGCGUCGUCCUACUGGCUCUCCGCGGCCGAGGGCGCUGGCGGCGGCGUCGCAAGCGGCACGAGGACUAGCGGUCGCAGCCACCGGAGCUGGGCGUGGGCUUUGGCGAGCCCCAUGAGGGCGCUGCGGCCGACGACGACCUCCACCUCCACGAAGACCAUCACGGUGGUGCCGCCCAGCCACGUGACCGUCCACGGCAACGGCAACAGCUCGACGUCGGCAUUGUCAAUAUCUUCCCCGACGGCACCAUCUUCAGAGGCAACAGCAGCGGCGGCGGCGGCGGCGGCAACGACGAACUGAAACUUGAAGCUUCACGGCUGGUUGCUCCGCUAUUCCUGCUCUUGCCUCCUUGAAUCGCCGCGUAUACAUCCCAUCCUCACUCCCUGCCUUCUCUUGUGUGUGUAAUUUCAAGAACAAACUGCUCAUAUGUUGAAAAUGUGCUGUGGAUUAUGGGUUGA